GAUGAAGCGCUCCACAGAUGUGCAGGUUUGCCUUUGCUACUUGACGCAAUGGCGAAACAAUUAAAACUCGCUUCUCUACCUGAAUGGAGGGAUGCUUUGAAACAAAUUGAGUGGUCUACAAACGAAGGAAUAAGUGGAGUGAUAAAUAAGGUGUUACAACUGAGUUAUGAUCAUUUAGAAAGCGAGGAUGCAAAAGUUUGUUACAACUCUGUGUUGCUUAUGGCAUCUCUAAGCCCUCUAUUGAAAACUUGGUGAGGUAUGGCUAUGGUUUGGGGAUAUUUCAAAAAGAUAGCAGAAUGGAAGAAGCUAGAGAUAGGUUGAGCACACUCAUCCGCACUCUUCAAGCCUCCUCCCUUCUGUUGGACAAUGAAGGCACGGAUGGGUUGAAGAUACAUGACUUGGUUCAUGACUUUGUUGCCCAGUCCAUUUUAAGAGAUCACCCUCUUCUCGUGCUGAAAGAUAAAGACAUGUUGACAACACAAUUGCAGAAUGAGAGGCUCAAAAGUUGUUCAGCGCUAUGCUUUCCAUAUAUUGACAUAAAGGAGCUUCCCAAAGAAUUAGAUUGUCCCGAAUUGCGCAUCUUUUUGCUUUUCAACAACAAUAUGUCUCUUGAGAUUCCAGAUUCAUUUUUCAACUCUAUGAAGAAACUUGCGGUUCUACAUCUAACUGGUGUACGUAUCACUCAUUCACCAACGCCAUUUCAAUUCUUGAGAACUUACAUACUUUGUGUCUUCAGAAUUGUUCGCUAGAGGAUGUGGCCAUUCUCGGCAAGCUAAAAGGGUUACAAGUUCUCAGCUGUGUGAACUCCAACUUUCAACGAUUGCCAAAAGAAAUUGGGCAACUAACAGAGCUGAGGUUGUUGGACUUGAACUAUUGUUUAAAUCUUCGGAUGAUUGAACCGGGUGUGCUUGGAAGAUUGAUCAAAUUGGAGGAGUUGUAUAUGGAGAAUAGCUUUAAUCAAUGGAAUCCUGUGGAGCAAACUCAACCAACUAAUGCCAGUCUGAUUGAGUUGAAUCACCUGAAGAAUCUUUGCACUCUACAUGUCUCCAUUCCCAAUCCAAAAGCGCUCCCAGAGGACCUAGAUGUCAAGAAAUUAACCAAGUAUAAAAUCCAGAUAGGUAAUGCACAUUGGAGAAAGGACCUAGGAUAGAGGAUUUUGUACCUCAAGUUGGAUCCAAUAAUUGAUGUUCUUCGAAAAGGAUGCAUACAAAGUAUCUUAAGUAAAACCGACGAUCUAUUUUUGACCAAGUUGAACGGAAGCGAGCAAAGUAUUUGUGCAUUAUCUCAAGAAGGCUUUCCAAAAUUAAAGCAUCUACUGGUUGAGGAUAGUUCCUCUAUCCAAUACAUCCUCCAGUGUCGUUCCCUUAGUGCUUUUGAGAUGUUGGAGUCAUUACUUCUCAUAAAGCUCAACAACUUGACGAAGAUAUGCUACAGCCAUAUUUCCUCCUCCAAGUCCUUCGGUAAAUUAAAAGUAAUUCAAGUCAAAAGUUGUGACAAAAUGGAAGUUUUGUUUCCUCUUUCAUUACUGAGAGAACUUCCACAACUAGAAGAGAUUAAAGUUGUUGGUUGCGAGUUAAUGCAUGGGAUUGUAGAUGUUGAUGAUUGUGGCAAAGUGGAGUUGCAAAAUUUGCGUAUAAUGAAUUUGCACCAAUUACCAAAUAUCAAGAAUUUUUUCACCAUCCGGAACAACUCUUUCGAGUAGUACAUUAGAGGACCAAUUUGGCACUCAAAUUGCAUUCUUCAAUGGGCAACAGGUUGCCUUUCAGAGAUUGGAGACAUUAGAAAUCAUUGGCUUGGAUAGCCUCAAGUUUAUAUUUUUCCCAUCCAUGGUUAAAUCUCUCACACAAUUAAAAAAACUAACUAUAUCGGAUUGUGAGAAGACGGAGGCGAUCAUUAUGGAGGAAGAAGGGUUGGGAAUGGAAACAUCAGAAAUUUUGGCAUUCCCGAUGUUAACCGAUUUACACUUAGAACGAUUGAAAAGUUUGACGUGCUUCUCUCAUGGAAAGUGUGCACGAGAAAGUGGAAGUCAAGAUCGUGUCACAUCACGUGCCACUGUACUCUUCAAUCAAGAGGAUUCAAGAUAUAUUCAACAUCUGCAAACUCUAGAUGUGUCACAUUGUGAUGGGUUAUUAAAUAUGUUCACACCGACAAUUGCUGAAAAUUUGGUGGCACUUACAAAAUUGAGGAUAAGUAAUUGUAGAAUAUUGACAGAAGUCAUUAAUGAUGAGAAAGGUGGGGAUGACCGUGUGGUGGCUUUCAAUCAAUUGAAGUAUAUGGAGCUUGAUGGGUUGAUAGGGUUGAGAAGUUUCAGUUCAGGUGGAUACACUUUGAUGUUCCCGCUCUUGGAAGAUAUCAUUGUGACUAGAUGUCCCAACAUGAAGUUUUUCUCUCAAGGACCGAUGGAGGCAUCAAAGUUAAAGAGAGUUCAAGUAUCAAAGGAAGUGUGGUUUUGGGCAAGAAACCUCAACAUCACCAUCCAGAAUAUGUUUGAAGAAAUGGUACGCACUAGUUACCAAAUUCCAUGUAUUUGGAUGGUUUUGACCACUAAAUGAAUAAUAGCUUUUUGCUAGCUAGAAAUUUAUGCUUA